AUGCGGGCCUCCCGCCUCGCCCGCCAGAUCCAGCUUCAGACCCCUUCACACGUCCGUCUCUCCUCCACCGCCGAGCGUCCAAAAUACGACCCCGUCGCGAUCCUCUCCCAGCCGACCUGGUCCGUCCGCUCUCUCCUCCCCCAAGAUGGACAACAACAACAGCAACAAGAAGACGCCUCCAUCCCCCACAUCCCCCCAUCCCAACUAGCGCAUCUCCUUCGGCUCUCUGCUCUCCCAUCGCCCUCAUCAUCACCAUUACCCUCACCCCCGUCCCAAGAAGCCGAAGCAAAAGCAGCAGCACAAGAAGCACAAGACCCCCAAGCACCCUCCCCCAUCCUCGCAACCCUCCACGCCCAACUACACUUCCUCCACACCCUGCAAUCCAUCCCCCUCAACAACCCCACCACCGUUCUCCCCCUCGACGCCAUCCGCGACGAAACCCCAGCCGGUCGACAUGAAUCCGCCAUCACGCUCACCCACCCUUCCAUCCAAGCCGCGCUGGCGAACGAGGAAGUCUACGGACGGUGUCGACGGCCGAGGAGGCGUGGGUCUUCGUCUUCGCCCGAGGAGGGAGUGGAGGAUUGGGAUGUGUUGGGGAAUGCGGGAGAGACGGUGGGUGGGUAUUUUGUUGUGAGAAGUGGUGGGGAGGGAAAUAUUGAGGGGGGGUGA